AAACAUCACACUAGACGGUCAUACCAACCUCAAAUCGACCGGCGAUGCACAGAAAGGAUGCGGAACUCUCCCACCGGCUGCUCGCUUACUCUGAUUACAGACAUGCUUAAACGUUCUGUGGAGGCAGACAAGGAUAAUUUACACUCGGAAGGCGCCGAAUCAAUGCUCGAUAGGAAGAAAUAAUGUCUGCUACGUCGACGACAUGCAUACGCACCGUCUUGUCUUUCCUUUCCCAGCACACCUACCUGAACUGUCUACCUACGGCCAUGGCUUCCGUCCAUACCCCUGUUCAUCCACGCCCGCGCCCUAUCCUUUAUGGUCGAUAACCUCAUUCUCAGUAAGCACCCUUCAUGACGUCCACUCAACUCAACGUCCAGGCAUCAAAUCAAUCCACCAAUACAAUGCGCAUCCACACUCACGCCUGGUCUUGUAUGCCCUGCCCUCCCGCGCGGUAAACCAUAGGUCGAAGCGACUAGGUGACUGCAACACCCUCUCAAUGCUGCGCUAUGCUCGGUCGCUUUUCCCUAUGCCUGCCCACCGACUUUACCCACAUGCAUGCCACGGGAAGACUACAUCGACAAAGGAUAAUCAUAGACCCAAGCCUUGUCUCUCUCCCACUCCGUCUACCUUGGCCGAGGAGAUGUGUGAACCUUCUCGUCUGACAAACCACUGGCUGAACUCGCGGAGAUACUGCACUACAUUACACUAUGCUGCACUACGAGAUAAUGCUAUGGGAUCCCCACGUCUCCACAUGACAAGCAACCACGCUAGAACCCUCCAUGCAUACAGCUAUGCUUCUUCGCUCCAUGGUGAAUUACCAAUCGGAUAAAAGACUUCGGCUUGAAUGCUGGCUCGAGUUGAGAGCACCAGCCUUAUGGCAGAUAAUGGCGUCGAACUUGGUGAUAAGGGGGAACGUGUGUCAAUACCACAGGCACUAUGGUGACGAUUUGACAGGAUCUACUCCAGCAUUGUACGCGUUGGCGUUAUACGGUAUUGGCAUUACACAGUACCUCCAACGAAACCGGGUCUACGCCUUCACAAAGUCGGUGGUUGACACUCGGCACACGAUUCCUCUUGUGCCGCGUACAAGCGG